AUGAAUAUCCUCCUCCUCCUGAUAACGUUCCUCCCGGCUACGAUCCUCUCCGCCAGUUUAACACCCGCCACGAUCCCACUGUUUGUUCGAAACCCCUACCUCUCACUAUGGCUCCAAAACGCGCGUCAAGAGCCCUGGAGCCGGUGGCCGAUGUUCUGGACCGGGAUGGAAAUCGGAUUUGGGGUGUUACUCAAAGUGAAUCACACCGUAUACCCACUUUUGGGAAAACCGCAUGAUUCGUUGGAUGGUAGUAAUAAUAAGGAAGGGGAGUAUUUGGUUAAAUAUCCUGAGUACCAUGGGGUAGAUUUUGAUGCGUCGACUACUUGGUUGAGGUACUCUGUUGGGGAUGAGGUGGAUGUGAAGUUGACGUUUACGAGUCCGGUUACGGUGAAUGAUACUAUGAGGCAGAGUAUUCCGGCUGGGUAUUUGGAGGUUGAGGUUGUUGGGGUUGUGGAUUGUGAGGUUUAUGUUGAUGUUAAUGGGUUGUGGGUUACUGGUGAUAGGGGGAGUCAGAUACAAUGGGAGAUGGUGGAGCAUGGAGGGUUGAGGAGUUGGAAGGUUACGAGGUCUAGAGAGGAGCAUUUUUCGGAGAAGUGGGAUAGAGCGGAGUGGGGGAGUUUGUAUUUUACUGCUCCGAAGAACACUCACUACGAAAGUAACGAUUCCGGACCUUUACGUCGACGAUUCGCGAAGGGUAGUUCUCUUCGAAAUGCGACAGAUACUCGAUUCCGAGAAGUAAUGGACGCCGAACCGGUCUUUGCCUUUUCAAAGUACUUCCGUCUUUCCGAAAAUUCCUCAGAUGAUUCUUCUUCCCCACGACGUGAAUCUGCUAUUUUUACUAUCGCACAUAUUCAAGAUGAAGUCGCACGCUUCGCCUCCGCACGAGGAAUUACCAGCAUGCGACCCCUCUGGAAGGGAUACUUCGAAGAUCAUUUCGAUUUAAUCCAUUUCCAUUACCACGAUUACUCCACAUCAUCUUUAGAGGCCGAUAAGUUUAAUAAACAACUAGUAGAACACGCAUCCCGUGCCAUGUCUGGCGUUGCGGCGGAUACAUACACCGAUAUCCUACUCCUUUCGACCCGACAAGUCCUCGGAGGAACAUCAUUCAGCGGAACCCCAUCGCGACCAUUACUAUUUCUUAAAGAAAUCAGUAGUGAUGGCAAUUUCCAAACGAUAGAUGUUAUUUUCCCCGCCUUUCCGUUCUUUUUAUACGUUAACCCCUCGUGGUUGAGAUAUCUGUUAGAACCGUUGUUGGAACAUCAGUCCGCGGGGUUGUAUCCUAAUGAUUAUAGUAUGCACGAUUUGGGAUCUAGUUUUCCUAAUGCGACGGGUCAUCCGGAUGGGAGGGAUGAGUAUAUGCCUGUUGAGGAGUGUGGGAAUAUGUUGAUUAUGGGGGCGGCGGUUGUGGGGAAUUUGGUGGAGGAGAAUGGGGGAGGGGAGAAAGGGAGGAAAGUUGCGAAGGAGUGGUUGGAAGGAGCGUGGGGGGAUGGAGGGAGGUUUAGAGGGAGGUAUGAUCUUUGGAGGAAGUGGACGGGGUAUUUGGUGGAGUUUGGGUUGUUGCCUGCUACGCAGUUGUCUACCGAUGACUUUGCGGGAAGAUUAGCGAAUCAGACGAAUUUGGCAUUGAAGGGGAUAUUGGGUAUCAAAGCCAUGGCGGAGUUGGCGAGCGUGGUGGGGAAUAGUAAAGACGAGAAGCAUUUUACCGAUAUCGCGAACUCGUAUAUUAAAAAAUGGCAUUCCCUGGCCAUCUCCCGAGAUGGUACACAUACAAAACUAGCGUAUCACUGGCAAGGAUCAUGGGGUACUCUCUACAACCUCUACGCGGAUAGUUUACUAUGUUACCGAAAGGGAUUACAAAGCCCCCUCGCCCAAUUCUCAACUCUACAGAAGGGAUCAUCUAGAAAGGGACGGUUCCAAAGACCAUUAAAUGAUGAUGAUGACGACAACAAAAAACCAACAGACGGUGGUUUCGUCCCCGAAGAUAUAUAUACAAAACAAUCGGAUUGGUAUACCCUCGUCGAACAAAAAUACGGAUUACCGUUAGACUCACGACAUUUAUAUACCAAAUCCGAUUGGGAAUUCUUCGCUGCAGCUAUAUCCGCCAGAAAGACUCGAGAGAACAUUAUUUUGAGCGUGGGGAGGUGGGUUAAUGAGACUAGUACUGAUAGACCUUUUACGGAUCUUUAUGAUACUGAAGGGUCAGGAGGGUUUCCGGGGAUUUGGUUUAUGGCUAGACCGGUUGUUGGAGGACAUUUUGCGGUUUUGGCAUUGGAGAGGGCGUGUGGUGGGAAAGGGUUGAAGGGGUUGGAGUAUGAAGGGGAUGUUUGGGGGAUGGCGGGUGGUGAGAAGGGGGAUGAGGGGAAGGGGGUGAUUAAGAGUGGGCAGACUGUUUUUGGGAAUUAA